GCAACAUACACCAUCUAACCAAUUCAACCGAUGAACCCAACUUCAGCCCGUUCUGCGAAUCUAUUGGUGUUGUGUCUUUUGGCACAACAAUUCUUGUCUUUGCUAGAUCUGGUUGGAGGUUUCCAACAUAUCAAUCCUGAUUUUUCUAUCCGCAACACACGUCAUCAUUUGCACGGAAGCGGAUUGCAUGCUUUUAAGGUUUCCGUAGAUGAGCUCGAAAAAGAUCUGACGCCAUCCGAACGAUCGAUUACUGGUGUCGUGCGGCGAUGUGGUCCUUCGGUCACCUACGUCAAAUCCGUUCUUCCUUCUUCUCCCACGAACGGUGCCAGAAACUUCCAGCGGCGAACCCGAAACGGGCCACGGCGACGACGAUCCAAUCAGAACGAGAGCCCUUCGAACAAUGGCCUGCCCCGGGGGACUGAUUUAGGAUCAGGGAGUGGCUUUAUCGUUGCUCCAGGAUACAUCUGCACAAAUUUUCACGUCAUAGAACAGGCUUACUCCAUUCGCAAGAAUCUGGAAUUAGCCGAGCACACAUUCGAUGAAGUGGUGGGGAAUCUUACAGGUGGCUUCCUCUCUCAUGAUCUUCUCAACAUCACGAAAUCGGUCGUAUUUCAGGGAGCUCUAGACAAAGAUUCGCUACCGGAUGUAUACGUGAGAAUCAGCUCGUCUAGCCAGUAUAAAAAAUGCCGUGUCGUCGAUGUUAACACAGAUAUCGACCUGGCAGUCUUGAGAAUAAUAGACGACAUUUCCGAGCCCAGCAAGGACGAGGAGGAAAAAUCUCCCCCUUCGGAUACAACGGCCGGUGUCGAUUUCAUACCGUUUGGUUCGUCGAUGGACUUGCUGGUCGGGCAAACAGUGGUCGCCAUCGGCAACCCGUUUGGAUUGCAGAGCACGGUGACCUCCGGAGUCGUAUCUGCUGUCAAUCGGGAGUUUCGAGCGGGGACUGCACGAACGCCCGCAAAUACACCCAUCCGAAAUGUGAUUCAGACCGACGCUGCCAUCAAUCCCGGGAAUUCGGGUGGCCCCCUUCUGAACCUCAAGGGCGAAGUAGUCGGCAUCAAUACUGCCAUUAUUACAACAAGCGGUAGUUCUGCGGGUAUCGGAUUCGCUGUUCCCGCGGAUCAAAUCAAACCGGUGGUCAAGGAAAUCAUUCAAAAGGAUCGCAUCCAAAAGGGUCAGCGACCCAAUCAAGGUUGGUUGGGACUUUCGGUUGUGCGCCAAGAUGUUUCCAUUGCCGGAAACCAGAACGCUACUUCUUCAAACACGAUGCCGCUUGCAUUAUUGAAGAACUGGGUUGCUAAGGUUGAAAUGGAUUCUCCGGCAUCCGAUGCUGGGAUUCGGUCGCUCGCGAUAUCUUCGGAAGGUAUUGUGCAGUACGGGGACGCUAUUGUUGCGGUUGGAGGAAACGAGGUUACCAACUUUGAAGAAUUACACAGAGAAUUGGAAAGCCGAGUGGUGGGAGAACAGGUUGCACUUACAGUCCAAGAUGCAGAGGGCAAGCGCCGAGUGGUAUACGUGACUCUGUCACGCAAGCCAGAAAAACUGGGGCUUUGAUGGAUUAAGACAGUCUGUCUGUAACUUUAUUUUUU